GGGCGGCAGAGGUCGGGGCGCUCCCCCACCCCCUCCAGGGGGUGCACUCCGCCCUCCCAUGGUUCGCCCUGUCGUGCCAGAAAAGCCCGCGAAGCCCCUGAAACCCCUCCACUGGCAGAAGAUCGUGCGGCCGAUGGAGGGAUCCCUCUGGGCUGCCGCGCAGGAAGACGAGCAGCGGCCGGAGAUCGACGUGGACGAACUGCAGUCGCUGUUUGCGAUGGCGGCGCCGGCUAAGCCCGCGGCGGCGGCCGAGCGGAAGGGGGUGGAGGCCAAGCCGCAGAGGGUCAAUCUCAUUGACUUGCGGAGGGCGAACAAUUGCGAGAUCAUGCUUACGAAAGUCAAGAUGCCGCUGCCCGAAAUGCUCGCUGCCAUCCUAAGGCUGGACGACAAGUCGCUGGAUACGGACACGGUCGAGAACCUGAUCAAGUUCUGCCCCACCAAGGAGGAAGCGGACACGCUCAGGGCUUAUGACGGGGACAAAAGCCUGCUGGGGAAGUGCGAACAGUUCUUUUUGGAGCUCAUGAGCGUGCCCCGUAUCGAAGCCAAGCUGCGCGUUUUCAGCUUCAAGAUUGAGUUCAACGCCCAGGUGGAGGAGCUCAAGAAGACGCUCACGCUCAUCAUCAGCGCAGCAAAGGAGGUCCGCGAGUCGGAGACGCUGACGCGCGUGAUGCGUCAGGUGCUGGAGCUGGGGAACAUCAUCAACCAGGGGACGGCGCGCGGGGGCGCCAAGGCGUUCAAGCUGGACAGCUUGUCCAAGCUGGGGGACGUGCGGGCCGUCAACAACAAGAUGACGCUCAUGCACUACCUGGGGAAGACUUUGCAAAAGAUGCCCGACCUGGCCGAGUUCUACAAGGAGCUGUCCCACCUGGAGCCUGCGUCCAAGGUGCAGCUGAAAGCGCUUCUGGACGAGCGGCAAGCCGUGCUCAAGGGCCUCGAGAAAGUGGAGGCGGAGCUGGCGGCCGCUGAGAAUGACGGGCCCGCCAGCGAGGCGUUCUCAAAGGUUUUGCGGGAGUUCUAUGACGGAGCCAAGGGGGAGGAAGAGAAGCUGAACGAGCUCUACAGGGAGAUGGAUAAGACGGCAGACUUGGUUGUUAGGUACUUUGGGGAGGACCCGACGAGAAAGCCGUUCGAAGAUGUGUGCAAGGUGCUGGUCGACUUCAUGAACAACUACCAGAAGGCCGUGGAGGACAACAAGGCUCAGGAAGAGGCGGAGAAGAAGAAGAAAGAAAAGGAGGAAAAGGAGCGGGCGGAGAAGGAGCGGCAUGGGAAGAACAAGGCCGACGUGCCACCGUCACCAAAUAAGCCAACUCUGACCUUCAAAAGCUCCUCUCCCCCGGCCCUCACGGGCAGCCCUUCCCGGCGGCGCACCGCAGGCGACGAGCCCCUCGACGAGCCCGCCGCGAGCGAAGCCCCCAAGGUCCCGCGCUUCUUGCAAAACAUGAAGAACCUCGACCGCGGCAGCAAGCCGUUCAAAAUGCUCGAUGUCGACGUGUCACAACUAGGGCGCGGGCGCGCCGCGCUGCGCAAGAGCUCGGACGAGGGCAAACCGGCGGCCGCGAGCGAAGCGGAGAAGCUGAAGAAGAAGGUUGGAUUUGGGAGCACGUUUGCGGUGCGAGGCGAGGCGGAUCCGCGCAACGGGGCGGAAAAGAAGGGGGAAGAUCAGCCGAAGGAGGAGACGAGUGGGGCUGGGAAAAGCGGGACGAACAGUACUUCGGAGGGCACGGAAAAAGAAGGAGAGAGCGCGGGGCGUACUGUUGGAACGGGAGAGCCGCCUGUGGAGUCGGUACCGCGGCCGGAGAAACCGAAGUCGCGGCGGACGAGCUUCCCGUCCGGGAAUAAGCCGACGCAGAACGACGGUACGGUUUUGGGCACCGAGGGGCCCGGCGAAGCGAACGGGAAGACGGAGAACGGGCGGCUGGAGGAACUAGACCUGGGGACGCCGAUGAAGGAUCUGAUGGUGCGCGUGCGGCGGAAGAGCGGGGAGUUCGUGCGGGACGGGGAGGGAUCCCCCUCAUCACCGCAGGGGCUGGCCGAGCGGCGGAAAGUGUCGACGCCCAAGUCGCUUGACUUUCGGGAGCGGCUUGCGGUGCGGCGCGCGGGGUUGUCGAGCCCCCGGGAGACCGCGAGCCCCAGUCCGAGCUCGGAUCGGGUCCGUAGAACGUCCGGAAGCCCCGGCAGCGUCAGGAGUUCGGACAGUCCGCUGGGGAAGGCUAUGGACGGCGCCGAGACAGAAGAGGAAACGCGGAAUGGGGAGACGGAAGAGGGGCAACGGAACGGAGAGACGGAACAGGGAAGCGGAGCGAAGCUACUGCAGAACACGACGCUGGAAACAGGCGAUGAUAAGACUAAAUGAUGUUUGCGUCGUGUGAGAUUUCGUCGGAAGGGUUAGAGAACAGCUAGUGUCCGGCAGCUGGCAUACUAGUAGCGACUAUGUGCAGCAUGCUGCCGCGCAGAGACUUCCUGCAAUGAGCGCACAGAUUUGUACCUCCAAUCAACGGCCGAGACGUUGGCGUUUCGAUGGGAAGAGGCGGGAGGAUGGAUGCGAGAGGCGCUCGCGAACUUGAGUGGGAAAUGGUAUGGAGGCAGGACGACUCCUAGCUUUCAGGGAAGGUAACAGGUACGCGGCUACAGUAUUCCAGUCCUUUCGAGUGUGUUGAUCGAGUGAGUGGCUCAAGGGUAUGUCAGGCAACGGACUUGAAGCUUCUUGCGCUGCUGGCGGACUACAGAUCAGAGUAUUAUUGUCUAUGGACUUUGCCCUUGAAGUCCGCGCGACUCAAAGGCGAUCUUAGUCGUCCCUUUUUGCUGCGCGAAUGCUGCAGAAGGCUUACAUGCUCCAAGGAUUUCUCGUGAAGUCAAUUUGAAAAUGAAACCACUCUGGCGCUUUGGGCAUGCAGCAGGCGUCCUGUGAUAGAAUGCCAGACAGUUCUAUGUCACUGUGAUAGAGCGCCUCUCGAUUGAGUCCCCACGAGUGGCGAUUAACCCAGUUGACAUAUCAAAGCUGGGCUGCUUUUCAGCGGUCCCGCAUGCACUG